AUCGGAGAGGCGGUCGGACUGACUGGAUGCUACCGCUGCCCACAGGACGCGUUCAGGUUUCGUCCAUAGCAAUAGGACCGGGGCGGGCUGGGAUCGGGGUUACAGCUCCCGGAGGAAGUUUACCUGGGGGGUUCUGAAGUCGGAUCGGGAUGACUGAUGACCGCUGGACUAAAGGAAAUUCCCCGCUCAUGGCAGUGAUGGAGAACGAGACGUGGCCCCACCCUGCAUACCUGCCCCAUUAUCUCCUGCAUGGCGACCCUUUUGCCUCGAGACUUUCCAGAGAGGCGGACAUCAUUGCAGCCUUUUACAUCUGUCUGAUAGGAAUCUUGUCUGCAACAGGGAAUGGCUAUGUCAUUUAUAUGACCAUCAAACGCAAGAUCAAGCUGAAGGCUCCAGAGCUCAUGACUGUUAAUCUAGCCAUCUUCGACUUUGGCAUAUCAGUGACAGGAAAGCCGUUCUUCGUUGUGUCUAGUUUCUCCCACCGCUGGUUGUUUGGCUGGGAAGGUUGUCGCUACUACGGCUGGGCAGGUUUCUUCUUUGGCUGUGGGAGCCUCAUCACGAUGACCGUGGUCAGUCUGGACCGGUACCUCAAGAUCUGCCAUCCCAGAUACGGCACAUGGCUAAAACGCCAACAUGUCUUCCUGUGCCUGGUCUUUGUCUGGGUGUAUGCAGCUUUCUGGGCCACCAUGCCUCUGAUUGGCUGGGGAAACUACGCCCCGGAGCCCUUCGGGACCUCCUGCACAUUGGACUGGUGGCUGGCACAGGCCUCUGUGUCCGGCCAAAGCUUCGUCAUGUCCAUCCUGUUCUUCUGUCUCAUCCUUCCCACAGGCAUCAUCGUCUUCUCCUAUGUUAUGAUUAUCUUCAAAGUCAAGGCCUCUGCAAAGGAGAUUUCACACUUUGACGCCCGCAUCAGAAACAGCCACACCCUUGAGAUAAAACUCACAAAGGUGGCAAUGCUGAUCUGUGCAGGCUUCUUGAUAGCCUGGAUCCCUUAUGCAGUGGUGUCGGUGGUGUCAGCGUUUGGUGAGCCUGACUCAGUGCCCAUCCCUGUGUCCGUCAUUCCCACGCUGCUGGCCAAGUCUUCAGCCAUGUACAACCCCAUCAUCUACCAGGUCGUGGACAUGAGACGGUACUGCAGGACAUCUUCCUGUUUCAAGGUCCUGAAGAAACGCAGGGAUUUUAGAACGUCAAGGUUCCACACCAUUGCGGGCUCGUUAAAGGACAAUCCGUCAGCUAACGAAGCUGAAAUCGAGAUUUGAAACCGACGCUUUAAACUCUGCGUCUACCUCUUCUACUUUGGACAGUAGGCCUUGCUUCCUGCUCUCUGCGCCCUACACUGACCCAAUCAAAUGAUGCCUGUCACCUGCUGUGAUACUAGCUACAGCUCACCUUAUUGCCAAUGGCUCCUGCGUUCCGGCUUGCUGUUACACCCGCGCCUUCCCGCCUUUCCCACAAGGUUUUGCUUUUUCUGUGGAUACAGAUACAUCAUGCAAGUGACUUGUUGUUUGACCUUCUCAACUUAGUUUUUAAGUGUUACAGACACACUGUCUUUUAGGGGUGGUACGGCUCAUAAAACCCACGGUUCGGUUUGUUUCACGGUUUUAGGGUCACAGUGUUAGGGUCACAGUUCUUGAAGUUAUUACUUAUUUUCAUUUUUGAACACUCCACACAUAUACUUCAGCAUAUGAUAUACUGUAUAACAAUGUUCCCACACGCAACACUGCCGCCUCCUCCAACUCAGUCUUCCUUACCUGAAGCAGUCGGCUCGGCUCGCCGGCUAUCAGUAUCUGACAGAAAACUUUUAAACUGACCUUUCAACCAAAAACAGACAGAUUCAGCAACCGUCUGGCCUAUUUCUCCUUAAAAUGUUUUUUCAGAAACACGUUUUGGUGAACUAUUUUUGUAAAAUACAAGAUUGUAUUCAGAACAAGACGGCAUUAGAGUCUGUUUUGAAAUCCGGGAUCAGCCCUACCCAUGUGACGCGGUCGUCCAAUCAGCUGCCAUGUGUUGCAUUUGUUACGCUCAUUCCGCUCGUCAUUUCCAGGAAGUGUUUUAACAUAAGAGUCAAAAGUGGGCACUACCAAAGUGGUGAGUGCCCAUUAGCUGUGGACUGGCGAGCGGUUGGGAUGUGUUCAUAGACCGUA